CAUAUAAAUCCUUUUUACAUUUUAUUAUAUCAUAUCACCUUCAAGACCGGAGUGUAUACAUACAUAUUAGAAACGCAGAGAUGGUCAGUAUCUUUCUUUAACACCCGUUACAUCUAAUCAAAUACUCAACAGUUAGAAGCAUACCUCAGCAUCUGGUUUUGGACUAUUUAAUUAUCAGUUUCAUUCAACCCAUGUUUGAGAAGUAUCUCAUCAAGAGAUAAUCAUAUAGUUUUCUAAAUGGCCCCAAAAACUCAAGAAACUAUUAACUCUAAAUUAGCUUUAGUUAUCAAAUCUGGUAAAUAUACCUUAGGUUAUAAAUCAGUUGUUAAAUCUUUAAGAACUGGUAAAGCUAAAUUAGUCAUUAUUGCUGGUAACACUCCAGUUUUAAGAAAAUCUGAAUUAGAAUAUUACGCUAUGUUAUCUAAAACUCCAGUUUACUACUUCCAAGGUGGUAAUAAUGAAUUAGGUACUGCUUGUGGUAAAUUAUUCAGAGUUGGUACUUUAUCUAUCUUAGAUGCUGGUGAUUCUGAUAUCUUAACCUCUGUUUAAAUUAAUUCAGUUUAAUUUAUUCACGAAAGAUAUCUUUAAACCAAUAAUAAAAAAUCUUUUUUGAUUUAUAUCUGUAUAUAUAUAUUAUAAUAUAAAUAUUUACUUUAUACUA